AUCAGCUGAGCACACAAUUACACGUUUCUCCUUUGCCAUCAUUUGAGGCGACGUUUUUUUUUUCUUCUAAAAAAAAAAACCGCCACCCUUCCUUUUUUCUUACAUUAUAUUCAAGUCUUCGCCGCCGACCGGGUGUCGGAUCAUCACAUUUAACAUCCUCCCCCCGCUCUCUCCCCAAACCAUCACGAAACAAAACCAUGCCGAAACAAAAACCUUCAUCGGCGAAAGCGCUAUACAGGGCCGCCGCUAGCGCACGUUUCCUGGCGGAGGACGUGCGUGCCGCGUUACUGAUUUGUCCGCAGUUACCGCAUGUGGAUGAGAUUAUCCGGGGUGUGGACGAGAUUGGGGGGGUGUUGGAUGGGGUUCUGGGCGGGCUUCGUGAUGGGAGCGAGAAGGAGGGGCUAGAGAGGGAGGUUGUGGAGAGGUGUAGGAGGACCCUGGAUGCGGUUGUUGGGGUUGUGGAUCUUUUCCUUGAGGAGGAGGUGGAGGGGUACUAGCGAUGAAGAGGGGUUUGAGGGAAUCGGGUGCGGUAGAGGAGUUUGAGGGAUGCGGUUUCUUUGGGUUUCAUUACCUUGUGCUAAAGGGUUUGGAGUUCGGGAUCUGUUGUGCAGGUAUUGGUGUGAGCGCGCGGGGGGGCGGUUGGCAAUGCGGGGUCGGGUGGGGCAACGGAUAAUGGCUGAACGAGGGGGGGCCCACUCUACUCUACUGUACUAUAUUGUAUAAUGUAAGCACUCCCCCAUCGUCUGGUGAUCUGUGCGCUAACAUUUUGGGGGUUGAGGAUUUAUGAUGACGAUCGCUUCUCGGAUUUAUACGAGCUAUGUAACUCUACUCGAGUACUUUGUGCUAGAUCGCUUGAGAAUAGUCUACGGAUGGGGGACUAAUCCCGUGACCCGCUACAUCUUAUCAAUCCUCUUGGAUAUGUUCCCUAAUGUCUCUAUUAAUUGCGCAGACAUCACCUGCAUAACUACCUCCACAGCUACAACUUAUCAAAUGCUUUCGGGGGGCUAUAACUAUGAUACCUUACAACAUCUACCCAUCCCUUAAACCUUAACCACCUCCUAAAAUACAGACAGUAUUAAGCACUACCGCCCCCCAUCUCCCCAACCUCCUCCCCAACCCUUCUCAAUAUCUCAACACACCUCUCUAGGGCCUCCCCAAUCCUCUCCAAUUCCGGCCGCAUCUUUAGUAACUUCCCGGACAAUCUGUCCAGUACCCUGAGCAUACUCUGCACGGCUUCGAUCUUUUCCAGGGCCUCCGGGUCCUGCGGGAGCGUUGAGAGGGUGCCCAGGAUGGAUUGGGCGAGUGAUCUGCCGGCGGCUAUUGACUGGCGGAGGGUAGCGGCUGUGGCGGUGGUGGGUGAGUGUUGCAUCCUGUUGUCCGAGUGAGUAUUGCGCGCUCUACUUUAGUGUUGUGAAAGAGGUGCUGUGGAUAUGUGGUGUGAUCGAGUUCCUCUUCGGUUUAAGGUUCAGUUAAGUCGAGACUGAGGUGAAGGGGCAUUUGUGUUUAUACCUUUGGAUAUAGCGCGGAAAACUUAUGGUGAAAAGAUUAUCAAACGGGGGAUGUGGAUACGUUGCUUGUAAACAAAGUACUUUCAAAUUACGACUUAUAUUGCGCGUAUGAUAGUAGUAGUACUUAUGAACAGGGUCGCUGUUGUUGAGCAACAGGAGAUGUGAUGGCGGUGGAAGGAUGACCUUGGCGGGCAACCAAGACGAGAUCUCUUGGUGGAGGGAGGAGAUGAGAGUGGAGAUGUAUUGGUCUGUAUUGGUUCUAGCUGGGAAAAGACAUGCUUAUAUAGGUAUCCCUUCAAAUCCCUAGUUCCAUAAUCCAUAUUCCAUUCAACCACCAAACAUAUACCCUAACCAUAUACUUCAUCCUUUGUGGGAGACUAUGAUACAUCAGCCUAACAACCACUAUGCUCAGAACCAAGCUUAUGCUCAUGUCGCAUCAGCUGGUUAGUCACUAUGGACUUGUAAGAGCGUCAACUAUUCACAACAGUUGCAAAGGCCCUUCAGGUAUACCCACCCAGACCCUCAUUAUUUCCAAUAUAUAACCAACUCCGACUCUCGGGGGUCCAAGCAU